CAAAAUCGGUUGUUAUGCUAACCUGUCUACAAUUUUUAGGUUAUGUUUGUAUUUCAAAUUUUAAAUAAUUUUUGUGUUAAAUGUUGUGUGUUUUAACGUGACUGUCUUACUUUUGUUUAAUUAAUUAAAUAUUAGUACAAUGUCUUUUGAAGAAAGUGAAAAUGCUGUUCCAGAGGAAAAUGUGUCUUCAUUUAGUGAUUGUUAUAAAUACUCAGGCAGGACUUUGGCUUUUACGCAGGAAAAGAAACGUCAAUUAUUUCUUCAAAAACAAAAAGAAAAAAGGAGCGAAGCUUUUGAUGAAAAGCGCGAUUUAUCUGAACUUUUUACUGAAGACUCCACAGAACCAAUGGAAUGUGAGUCAUUAACCAAGAAGAAACAUCUCAAAAAAUGCCCAUUUGGUUACAAACUUAUGGGAUCAGAAUGGUUUACUGAAGUGCCUGAUGAUUUGCCUGAUAAUUGGCUUAUUAAAUUGUGCCCUGAAGGGAUUCGUUAUUUAGUUGUUGCAAAUAAGGCAAUAACAACAUGUUACUACAGAAAUGGAAGAUCCAGUUUUACUUUUAAAUCUAAAUUGCCAGGUGGAAAUUCUGAUUGUGGGCAUAAAUUCACAGUACUAGAUUGUAUUUACAACAAAAAUGUUAAUACCUUAUUUGUUUAUGAUGUUCUCGCAUGGAACUCCAUGUCUUUAAUUAAUGCUGAGGUCCAAAUGAGAUUUUUUUGGCUUAAGUCAAAAUUUCAGGAAUUUACAGAGUUAAGUGUGAUUAAUGAACGCAAAAACUUCCGUUUUAUGUUGGUAGAUUUCUUCCCUGCAGAAGUUGCAUUAUUGCAAGAUCAUUUAUUCACUCCUUUCAUGGUGAAUGGAGUUGAGUUGUCUCUAGAUGGCGUACUUUUUUAUCACAAGGAGGGGCAUUACGUCUUUGGUGAUUCUCCUCUAGUUUGGUGGCUGAGAACUUUUAUGUUAGCAGAAUUACUAAAUAUUGAUGUUCCUCCAAUUCAUUUUCAAAAUAAGCCCGACAAUUAUGAAUCAAUACAACAGUAUCUAAGUUGUAGAAAGAAAAAAAAGAGGAGCAAAAAUGAAAGUCAAGAUUCAAUGGAAAUGGAACAACUGGAGAAUGAUUGUGAAAAUGCCGAUUUUGAAUGAAACAAUGUGUAAGUAGUUUUUUUUAUUAGAGAGAAUAUAUGUAGAAGACAUUGACAUUGGUCGUUGUUACAAUAAAUAUCUUAUUCUAAAAACAGCCUAGAAAAAUAAAUUUUUAAACAAGUUUUCUCCCAAAACUUAAAUUUCGUUUCUACCCAUUAUAUUUUUCUCUGUCAUAAGAACUACUUAAUUGGCACUUCGUGCAGUUUACAUAAAAAAAUGAAACUUAAAUAUUUAUUAAAUAAUAGAGUAUUUAACCUAAUUACAAGUUGUCAAAGAAGUGAUUUACAUGUGCCUUGUGUUACCGAAGUUGAUACCGGAUUGGUUAGCACCUUUGUUGCUACCCAUCUGGAGGCCAAUAAUGGUCUGGCCUGCUUUCAGUUUCUCUUCCGAAAAUAUUCUUUCGUUCUUUUCAGCCUCUUUUGGUCCUAUGCUUGGUUUGCCGUAGUUGCCGGCCUUGAAAAAAAUUCAUUACAUAACGGAAUUUGCAAUGUGGGCGACAGUACCUUUCUGCCUAGCGACUGCAAGCAGAUAACUACAGAGUUGAGGUUUUGUCGCUCCCAAAGGUCGACAGUCUGGAAGGUCUCUUGAGCAGGAACGCCCAACUCUUUGGCCGCUUCCAAAAAAGCGUUUAUGUUUUCCAUACAUUUAAAGGCCAUUUGACUACUAUUGACUUUUUUAACAAUUGACGGUUUGAUACAGUUAACCAGUCUGUAACACAAAAAAAAUUGAUGAUUACACAAUUAUCGCCGUUGUCGGUUUGUUUUAAAUAAAUCAUGAUGUCACUGUAGAUACGUGAAUAUCGUUAAAGGAAGCCUGACGUCAAGUUUAAGAAAUGUGGUGUACUUACUUGCACAAGAGUUGCCCAUCUUUCAAAACUUCGUAGAAGUUGUCCAUAUCGCCAGCGGUGUUUAUGUUGUCGCCUGUGAGUUUCAUUAUCCAUUCUAAAGAUUCAUGAGCCAAUUCUUCACUGUACUUGGCGUUUACCUGUAACAAAAAGCAAUAAGUGAAAAAUUGGUGACAUUGAAAAAUCAAUUACGUAUGAUUUGUGUUCAAGCAAAGUAAAAGUAACAGUAGAAUAUUUUUAAUUAGUGCUGUUAAUGUGCCAUGCAUAUUUACUUAAAUGUGCCAUUUUCUUGUACUUUUAGUUCAAAUAAAAAUAUUUUUUUUACAA